UGCAGCACAAGAGGUUUUCUUAGGGGUUUUUACACUCAUUGCCGACCCUUUUUAAAAGCCCUGGGCUCUGAGUUUUCUCGUCUUUGAUUUGGAUUCGAGGAAGUUGCGGUUUUCUUCCAUCUAAUUCUGCACAUUCAAAGAUUUGGUUCCCUUUUCCAUUGCAGGUUCUCUCUCUUGCCAGGGCAGUGGUUUUGUAUCAGCUCUGUUGCUGUUUCUGGUCACUGGAAAAUCAGAAAAUGGCAAGUAAUCCUCAACCCACUGGGGCCCAGCAGCUCCGGCCUCCAGCAAUGGGGCCUGGAGGCCCUCAAAACUAUGGCACACCGAUGUCUAUGCAGUUUCGACCAAUGGUUCCAACUCAACAGUCACAACCAUUUAUUUCUGCACCCUCCCAACAGUUUCGACCUGUAGGGCAAGGUAUUCCUGCUUCCAACAUUGGCAGUCCUUCCCCUGUCCAAGCCCAGCAAGCUCAGUAUGCUCUGGGAAUGCAGCAGUUGCCUCCAAGGCCAGCCCAGACUGCUCAAGUUGCACCUUCUCCACAAACAGUUCCACUGUCUUAUAUCCAACCAAACAGACCGAUGACAUCUGGACCUCUACAGAUCCCACAAAAUCCUCAGCAUGUUAAUAUUCAUCCACCUGGUUUAGGUGGCCCAGGAACAGUAUUGUCUUCAUCCUACACGUUCACUGCCCCAUCUUCAUAUGUCCACCCACAGAACAACAUUAACAUAUCUUCUCAGUAUCAACCCUCAUCUCAAAUGCAAGUUCCUGGUGUGCCCUCUGGAUCUGGGGGUCAGCCUUGGCUGUCAUCUGGAAGCCAAAGUACGACUGUCAUUCCUCCAGUGGUUCAGGCCAGCCAGCAAUCAUCCUUUGCCGCUUCCACGGCUCCAGUUGCCACACCGCAGCCUAAUCCCACUUCGCAAUCUUCAUCAGAUUGGCAAGAGCACACUUCUGCUGAUGGGAGGAGGUACUAUUACAAUAAGAAGACUAGGCAGUCUAGUUGGGAAAAGCCCUUAGAGUUAAUGACACCAAUUGAGAGGGCAGAUGCGUCAACUGUUUGGAAGGAGUUUACUACUCCAGAGGGACGGAAGUAUUACUACAACAAGGUUACAAAGCAAUCUAAAUGGACAAUACCAGAUGAACUUAAGUUGGCUCGUGAGCAAGCUGAAAAGAAUGGCACUCAAUUGACAAACUCAGAAACUACUGAUGUGGUGGCUUCCUCAACUCCGGUUACUGUUACUGUCCCUUUAACUGAGAUGCCAUCUACUGUUGCUGCUAUAAGCGCUACACAAUCUGCCAUGCCUAGUACAUCUGGGAUGGCAACCAGUCCAGUUUUAGUGACACCUGUGGUUUCUGUUCCUGCUGCUGCAGUGGAUCCUUCAUCCGCAGGAGCAGCAUAUGAAAAGAUUAAAGUUGAUAAUGUCUCUCCUGAAAGUAUUGCUCAAGUUGCUGAUGAAACUUCUGCCCAGGAUUUGGAGGAGGCGAGAAAAGCCAUGCCAGUUGCUGGGAAGGUCAACAUAACUCCAACAUCGGAUGAGAAAACAGUUGAUGAGGAACCUUUGGUUUUUGCCAGUAAGCAGGAGGCAAAAAAUGCAUUUAAAGAACUUCUGGUAUCUGCCCAUGUUGAAUCUGAUUGGACUUGGGAUCAGGCCAUGCGUGUGAUCAUAAAUGACAAGCGAUAUGGUGCUCUUAAGACAUUAGGAGAGCGGAAGCAGGCAUUUAAUGAGUACUUGGGGCAACGGAAAAAGCUUGAGGCUGAGGAAAAGCGUACAAGACAGAAAAAGGCUCGAGAAGAUUUUGUGAAAAUGUUAGAAGAGUCUAAAGAGCUGACUUCAGCCACAAAAUGGAGCAAGGCUAUCACCAUGUUUGAGGAUGAUGAACGUUUCCGUGCUGUUGAGCGAGGAAGGGACCGUGAAGAACUAUUUGAAAUGCAUUUGGAGGAAUUACAUAGAAAGGAACGGGCAAAGGCUCAGGAAGAACAUAGGCGUAAUGUCCAGGAAUACAGAGCAUUUCUGGAAUCUUGUGAUUUCAUUAAGGCCAGCAGCCAGUGGCGUAAAGUUCAAGAUCGGCUAGAGGAUGAUGAAAGAUGUGCUCGUCUGGAAAAGAUUGAUCGCUUAGAAAUAUUCCAGGAAUAUAUACGAGAUCUUGAGAAGGAGGAGGAGGAGCAGAGGAAGUUACAGAAGGAGCACUUGAGGCGAGCUGAGCGUAAAAACCGUGAUGAUUUCCGUAAGUUGAUGGAAGGACAUAUUGCUGCUGGAAUUCUUACAGCUAAGACUCAUUGGCGUGAAUAUUGUAUGAAGGUUAAAGAUCUACCUGCUUAUCUGGCUGUGUCUUCAAAUACAUCUGGAUCAACACCGAAAGAUUUGUUUGAAGAUACUGCAGAGGAACUAGAUAAACAGUACCAGGAAGAUAGGACACGGAUAAAAGAUGCUGUGAAGAUGGCCAGAUUUGUAAUGACGUCAACAUGGUCAUUUGAGAACUUCAAGGAAGCCAUAUCGGAGGACAAUAAUUUGAAAUCCAUAUCUGAAACAAAUCUAAAGCUUGUCUUUGAUGAGUUGCUUGAACGCCUGAAGGAGAAAGAGGAGAAAGAAGCCAAGAAACGCCAAAGGAUGGCAGAUGAUUUAAAAGAUUUAUUAUACUCAAUCAAGGAUAUAAGUGCCUCUUCACGUUGGGAGGAGUGCAAACCAUUGUUGGAGGAGAAUCAAGCAUAUAGAUCUAUCAAUGAUGAGAGCUUUGCGAGACAAAUAUUUGAGGAAUAUGUAGCAUACUUGCAAGAAAAGAUCAAAGAGAAGGAACGAAAAAGGGAAGAGGAAAAGGCAAGGAAGGAGAAAGAGAGAGAGGAGAAAGAAAAGAGAAAGGAGAAGGAGAGAAAAGAGAAAGAGAGAGAUCGUGAUAGGGAAAAGAAGGAUCGGGCAAGGAGGGAUGAGAUGGAUGUUGAAAAUCUCGAUGUAAUCAAUGAUUUUGGCCAUAAGGAUGACAAGAAGAGGGAGAAAGAGAAGGAUAGGAGGCAUCGGAAGCGCCACCAAAGUGCAGCUGAUGAAUUGAGUUCUGGGAAAGAGGAGAAAGAGGAAUCCAAGAGGUCACGUCGGCACACAAGUGACCGCAAGAGAUCUUCUAGAAAGCAGCAUGGAUAUGAGAGCGAAUCAGGCAGUGAGAGCAGGCAUAAGAGGCACAGGCGAGACCGUGAUGGGUCACGUAGGAAUGAGGAGCUUGAGGACGGAGAGCUUGACGAGGCAUGACCGUCUAUUGUUGAAACGGAGAGGCGAGAUGGACUCUAGUUUUUUGUACAGCUGAUGAUUCUUUGUAGCGAGGUUUGAAGUGAGAUAACUACCCAAAAAAGGAGCUUUGUAGUUUGAGAACUCAUGGUUUUUCUGUACCCUACCAGACUGAUACGUCCAAACUAGCUAAAACUAUGGACACCCUAUCUGUGUUUUAUUGUAAGCUUAAUGUCCACUAUGCUUUUCCUUUUCGAAAUUGAUACCUUGGUUAAGAUUUUAUUGUGAUUGCUUUAACAUGGUUUAUACCUAAUAACAAACUGAUUAGAGUUGCUUUAACCUAGGUUUAGGCUGGAUUGGAACACUAAGCUUCUAGAGAGAUAUUAUAAAUAGAUUUGAGUGACUAUAAGGUGCAGUACACCUUUAUGGAUGUUUUCGUUUCUUUACGGCCCUAUGUAACACCCUUUAAUUUUGUAAGA